GACUGCACAGCUGGAGGCGGCUGCUUCUCAUAACACAAUUAGGGAAGCCAAGAAAAAAGAAAAGCAGCUGACUCUACGCAGUACUGUUUAAUAUCUGGUCACUGUGAGAUGGACUACAGGAGAAACUCGAACUCGCAGUGACACAAGGGAAGCGUCUUCAGCUUCAUCGGUUUUUCCAGGGCAGCAAAUUUAAGUGUGUAUGUGAGAUUGGGGACUUAUCCUCACCUUCCACACCAUGCUUUCACAAAGAAACGAAUAUGCUUUCUUCCACAAACUUCAAUGACUCGAACUGCUGAUCCCAAACAUCACCAUGACAAAGAACUUCUCCUGUAAGACCCCAAAUACAAACCUAACCUUAACCUUCAUCGACCCUUGUGGAGAUGACAAUGCGCUGCAGGUCCCGCUGGCCAUGAGCUACUCUAUAAUCUUUGUCCUGGGUCUGGUGGGGAACGUGGUGGCUCUGUGGGUUUUCUUCUGUGUCCACUCCAAGAAGAACUCUGUUCGGGUGUUCCUCAUAAACGUAGCACUCGCGGACCUGCUGCUGGUGGUCUGUCUGCCAUUCAGGAUACUCUAUCACAGCCAAGGUGACAAAUGGAAUCUGGAUCCCACGUUGUGUAAAGUAGUGGGCCACGUCUUCUACAUGAACAUGUAUAUUAGCAUCACUCUGCUGGGGCUGAUCAGUGUGGACCGCUACUUUAAGCUCCACCGGAGCGUAGGCGUGCGGCACAAAAUAUGUUCCCCAAAGUUCAGCUUGGCCCUCUGUGCUAUCGUCUGGAUUGUGGCCAUUUCUGUCAUUUUAGCAAUGGUGAUAUCAAAGAAUCCCUCUGAUGAGCAAAGGUGUUUCCACUACAAGAAGCUGGAUGAUAAAAAGUGGAGAGCCUACAUCAACAUGUGUGUGGUGGUCCUCUUUUGGUUAGUCUUCAUCUCUCUGAUGGUGUCCUAUGGGAAGAUCGCCCUCAAGCUGCUGAGGACGUCACAAGCCAGUCCAGAUCUGCCCAAUGCGACCCACUACGCUCGAACCGCCAAGAAGUCCUUCUUCAUCCUCGUUCUCUUCUGUAUCUGUUUCGUGCCUUAUCACAUGGUCAGAGUGUUCUACAUAAAAACGCAGAUCACAGAUACUUCGUGCUUCUGGAUGUGUGUUGCUGACAAAACCAAUGAGGUGGCUCUGCUGUUUUCUGCCCUCAACAGCUGCCUGGAUCCUGUCAUGUACUUCCUGUUAUCCUCUUCAGUGAGGAAGGAGGUUCUGCGCUUGGUGAACAACGUGCUCUGUGCACGAGACGUCGCAGCCAUCAGUGGGAGCAGCUCCACUGUUGACAUGGAUGGUAGGAGUGGGAGGACUAAUGUGGGACAGCCAAACACCAGUUUAAUUAGUAAUCUAAAGGUAGGAAGCAGUUUCUAAAUCCCACACAGCCGGGUCGAAAAUGUACUCCGAUGCAAACAGCCUCCAUCUUUUGGGAUGUAGAAGCCAGCAGAAGAAGAGGAGAGCAGCAGGACUUUCAGGGUUUGCUGCUCUUCUCUGUGUGUACCUUUAUUUGAUGCCUUUAAACUGAGGCUUGCUUUAAAAAGGACUUUUAAAGGAAGAACUUCAGGAUCCAUCAACAAAAUCCAGACUCAGACUCUGCUAUUUGAGUCAGCUUGUCCUAAGAUUUGCCCUAUGGUGAUGCAUUUGUGUCAUGAUGAGAGUGGGUUCUUCCAGGAUGACUGUGAUCCUCCAUCUAUAAGACUUUGGCCUUUGGAUUUUGGCUCUCAUUAAACCCCAAAUGAGGGAAUAUCUUUUGGGAGAAUGGUAUUUUAUCCCUUCUAGGGAGCUCCAGAAGCUUCGGAAUCAGUGCCGAGGAGCACUGAAGCUGGUGGUCCAGCAAC